AUGGAUGGUGUUACUGACGACGGCGGUGUCGUUAGUAACACCGGCGAUGAUGGUGUGGAGGUGGUAAUUGAUGGAGGCGGUGUAGGCGGAGAUGAGUUCGAAGAGUCGUGCGACGGUGCUGCUUUAAGGGAGUUGAUGAAAGGGGUUGUGGUUGGUGAAGAGUCUUAUAAGACUCCCAAGAAAGGCUUUAGUAGUGUUGCAAUAUCUGUUGAGAUAGAGGAGUAUGUUGAAGUAGAAGUUGGUCUUCCUCCUCCUUCAAUUGGGAUGGUCUUCCAGUCAUGGCAGAAACUUGAUGAAUAUUUUAGGGAAUAUGGGAAGCAAAAUGGAUUUGGGGUAGUUCGUACAAGUGCUUGUAAAGUAGGGAAAGGUGCUAACGCAAAAAUGAGAAGGAAUUGUUUGUGGACGUGUGAGUGCUUUGGGUUGCCUAAUAGGAAGCGGAGGAAGGUGGAGGAUAAGUUAGUGACUGAUGCUCAGAUUGUUGAGGAUGAAGUGGUCGGUGUGAAGAGGAGGAGUAAGAAAGUUCAAUGUCCUGUGAAUGUGUAUGCAAAUGUUAAUGAACGUGGUGAAUGGGUUGUUCAAAGGGCACAUAUGAAGCAUGUUGGACACACCCCCACUCCAGGGAAGGCUAAGAAUAUAAGUAGGUUGAGGAAAAAGUUUUUGGUUGAGAAUCCUCAUGUUGUCAGGCAGCUUUUCAAUGAAAGGAGAUGCGGGGUUCCCGUGGCAAAAAUCUAUAACAAAAUGGCCAGGGAGCGUAAUGGGUUGGAGAACAUGCCCUUUGCCCAGAAAGAUCUACAUGAAGAAGUGGCAAAGCAGAAGAAAAAAAUAUUUGAAGAAAGUGAUGCUAAAGCAAUGUUUACCUAUUUCCAAAGUAUGGUUGAAGAUAACCCAAAUUUUUUUAACACUUAUCGAGUGGUUGAAGAGGGUAGGUUGAAGGAUGUACUUUGGGUAGAUGUAAGGUGUCGCAUGGCAUACGAGGAGUUUGGCGAUGUAGUUUGUUUUGAAUCCACCUACUUGACUAACGAGUACAAGUUACCAUUUUGCAACUUUGUGGGAGUUAACCAUCAUGGCCAAACCAUUCUUUUCGGAUGCGCGCUUGUCAGUAGAGAUACCGCUGAGACUUUUGAGUGGGUGUUUAGCAAUUGGUUGCGUUGUAUGGAGAACAAAACCCCUGUUGCAAUACUUACAGACCAGGACCCUUCCAUGAGGAAAGCGCUUAAGACUACAAUGAAAGGACUACACACAGAUGGUGUUGAUAUUGAGUGGGUUUUAUCUGGUAUGAGUGGCUUUUAUCUGAUACCUGCUUUCGUGAAGCAUCUGUUUUGGGCCGGCAUGAAAACAACCCAAAGGGUUGAGAGUAUACAUAGUUUCUUCGAUGGUUAUUUGAGCAGGCAUACAUUGCUUAGUGAAUUUGUGGAGAGAUAUUGUGAAGCUCUGGAGGUUAGAGCUAUUAGUGAGAAAAGAGCCGAUGACAACAAUUCCAGAUUUGUUAGGCAACCCAUGACAGCCUUUCCAGCUGAGUCUGUGUUUCGCAAAAUUUAA